UCAAGACAACGAUUAACGACUUCAGUCUGACCGUCCGUUUGGGGGUGAUAAGUUGUGUUGCACUUUAACUUAGUACCUUGCAAACGGAACAACUCCUUCCAGAAUUGACUCAGAAAAACUUUAUCACGAUCCGACACUAUCGACUCGGGUACUCCAUGUAAACGGACCACCUCUCGUAGGAAAGCCGUAGCCACAGUUACAGCCGUGUACGGAUGCUUCAAUGGGACAAAGUGUGUGUAUUUACCGAGUCGAUCAACUAUGACAAAAAUGACCGUGUAACCUUCUGACCUUGGUAACCCAUCAAUAAAGUCCAUGGUUAUCUCUGGCCACACCGACGAUGGUAAUUCCAACGGUUGCAACAACCUGGUGCCAUAGCUGAAUACUUGUGCCGUUGACACACGUCACAUUCUGCCACCAAUCUUGCGACAUCGCCCCUCAUACCUACCCAAUAAACUUCUCUUGCCAUCCUCUGAUAUGUCUUAUGCGAACCGGAAUGACCUCCUACAACACCUCCAUGAAACUCAGCGAACAAUUUUGGAAUCCACGGAGACCCUCGCGGCAACACCAGGCGAUCAUUAAAAAGCAAUCGGUCAUGUUUAACCGAGUAACCUGGUGGUAAAUCUUCCCCAUCAAAAAAUCGCUGCUUAGCGGCCCGUAUGUCUGGCUCGCUAUCUAACACCUUCCAUAAGUCACUCCAAUCAAAACGACUAGUAGUUGUUAACGUAUUAAGUGUUGGGACGGAAUUUUUAUGAGAUAAUGCAUCAGCAACAUUGUUGCAUUUACCUGGUUUGUACACAAUGUCAAAAUUGUACCCCAAUAACUUCGAUAGCCACUUUUGAUGGUCAUCAGUCACUGUGCGUUGUUCAAGGAGAUACUUCAAACUCCUUUGAUCCGUACGAACCACAAACUUACGUCCUAUUAGGUAAGGACGCCACUUUUGGAUGACCAUUACUACCGCCAUUAAUUCCCGCUCAUAAACUGACUUGAGUCUUGCACGGCUUCCCAAAACAUGGCUAAAGAAGGCUAGAGGUCGGUUUUCCUGCAUCAAAACAGCCCCUACUCCAUACCCCGACGCGUCCGUCUCUACUUCAAAAACUUUAGUAAAAUCCGGUAAUGCAAGAACCGGUACCCGAGUCAUUGCUAAUUGCAAUUUCCGGAAAGCUUCUGUGGCUUUGGGGUUCCAACAAAAAUUGUCUUUCUUCAACUGUUCGGUUAGUGGCCAUGCUUCUAACCAUGCUAUUCUCCCAUACCCCUCUACAAACUUUCGGUAAUAACCUGUGAGUCCUAAAAAUCCGCGCAGUUCCCGCAAUGUUGUGACUCGGAGUGGUGGCUUGGACCAAAAGGGGUGCCAACCGUGACCAACGAGGACGUUGGCUCUUUAAAGCGUGGGGUAUUGUUAUGAUCCCACAUCGGCCGAAAGUACUAUAAGUUGGUGGCUUAUAAGUCUAUGUGUCCCCUCCUCCUACAAGCUGACUUUUGGGAGUGAGUUCUACACUUGGGCUUAUGGCACGAUGUGGGCCUAGUAUGGGAUGGGUCCGUAUCAAUUGGUAUUCUAAUAAAUGAAACCUAAAAAUGACACGUGUCUAUCUUUGACACGUGGCAUUUUUCUAUGAUUUUUAUUAUUUUCUUUUUUUGGUAACAAAUCAAAUUCAAUUCAAAUUUUAAAAAUACAAAAUCAUAUCCUAAUAACAUUAUUCUAUUUAUUUUGCUUAACAAAUUAAUUUAUAAUUAUUUACAAUCAAUAAUAUCUUGGUUUUUUUAUAUUUAUUAUAUUUUUAUUUAUAUAAAAUUUUUAGGUAUACCGACCGUGGUUUCUACGGGUUAUAACCUAGUUUUUGUAAUAUUUAAGAAUAAUUUCUUGGUUGAAAUUGAAUGCUUUCUUAUUCUUUGAAUUAAUUUUGGUCGUUUGUGGUAUUUUGUAAUAUUUAGAAUUAUUCCAUCCUUGACAUUAAAGGUUUUUUAUUCUUUGAAUCAAUUUUGGCGUUUGCGGUAUUUUGGUGGCAUUUUUGUAAUAUUUAGAGUUAUUUAUAUAAAUUGUUUGUUAUGUACGUUUGAGGUAAUCCGUAGGUUUUUGUCAUAUUAUUAAUUUCUUUUUGAUUAAAUUGCAAAAUUGGUCAUGGUAUUCCAAAAAAUGCGAAAUAUAUUUGGUCUCAAUAGAACACAAAAAGUGCAGUUUUGGUCCCUGUGGUAUCAAAAUAAUUCAGUUCGAGUCCUGUUUUUUUUACACAACGGUUAAUUCAAAAUACCAAAUUUGCAUUGAAAAUAAAAAUUGGUCAAUGAAAAAAGAAAUGGACUUGAACUGUGUUUUUAAGAUACCAUAAGGACCAAUUUAACAAUUUACUUUUUCUUUUUUAUUAUUCCGAUGCUUUUGAUUUAUUUUGUCAUUAUUAGUUUUUUCUUAUUGAGAUGGUUUUGGUGUUGGAUUUGGAUUUUGGUUCUGGUCGACAUAAAAUCACUCUUUAAGGGUUUAUUUAAUUUUUUAUAAUGAUUUAUUUCCUCCCUUUUAUUAUAUUGUAUUGAUGUCGACUUUCUCAUCUUCAAUUUGAUUGGUUGUGUAAUGUGAUGGUAUAUGAUAUUGUAAUGUACUAAUGUUAUUAUUCCAUACAUUUACAUCACCUUCAAUUCAUUGUAGAAAUAAGAAAUGGCAAAGUACCUCCCACCUGAACUCAUCAUCAACAUCCUCUCAAUGUUACCCUCAAAAUCCCUUCUCCGAUUUCGAUCAGUCUGCAAAUCAUGCCAUUCUCUCAUCUCUUCCCCCGAAUUCAACCAAACUCAUCGUCACAAUUUCAACAAAUUCAACUCUCGUAAUCUUGUUCGAUGUUGUCUAUGGACAGAUAAAAAAGAAGUAUACACUGUCCAUCACAAUGACCAACAUCUUACUCUUGAUGCCCCCAUUGAUUUCCCAUUCAAUCUUCUCCGUGUUGAAUAUGGAACCAUAUUUUUUACACUCAUCGCGUGUUGCAAAGGUGUUGUUUGCCUCUAUAAUGAAAGAUCCCCCAAAAAUGAAAUCCUACUUUGGAAUCCUUCCAUUAGAAGGAAAGUAACCCUAACUCCUCCUUCAUAUAGGCCUGAACUUACUCUCGUUUUCGGGUUUGGGUAUUGUGAGAAUUCCGAUGAUUAUAAGGUAGUGAGACUCGCAUAUGAUCGUAGUAACUUGAUCGAUAGACCGGAGGUUGAGAUUUAUACACUGUGA